GCGCAUGCUUCAACAACGAGGCUGUAUAGCAGCAGCAACGACACCCGCAUCGACCGGCUCGGCAUCAUCAUCAUCUUUUUCAUCUUCAUCAUCCAACAUGUUCCCGCAACAGUACUGUCUGAGAUGGAAGUACCAUCACAGCAACCUACAAACCAUGUUCUCGCAGUUGCUCGAGCGGCAGGCCUAUUGCGACGUCACGCUCGCCUGCGAAGGCAAAACGUUGCGAGCGCACAAGGUAAACAGAGUUGUACUGUCGGCGUGUAGCACAUACUUCGACACGAUCCUAUCGCAGUACGAGGAGAAGGACCCCAUCGUCAUCAUGCGUGACGUCAAAUUCUCGGACAUCAAAGUGCUGGUCGAGUUUAUGUACAAGGGAGAGAUCAACAUCGAUCACGUGAGUGUUGUUGCAACUUCCCGUAAAUGA